AUGUUUUCUAAAAAACAAGUAAAAAAAACUACUCUUAGUAAUGAGCAGAGAAGAGAAAUUAUUAAGUACAAAGAAAAGAACCCAAAUAUUAGCCAUGUUGAUCUUGCUGCUUGGAUUAAAGAAACAUUUAAACUUGAAGUUCAUUCGACUACUAUUGGGUGUCUAAUAAAAAAUAAAAACGACAUUGGUGAUAAUCUCUCUAAAAAAAAACAAAGAACAGUUCAGUAUCUGGAUCUUGAAAACGCAUUACUUGAUCUUGAGCCAGAUACCACACUAGCAACUACUCAUCUAAAGGGUAAAAAAAAAGAUAAAAAACAGUUAGCUGUGGCACUUUGUGCUAAUGCUGAUGGAACGGAUAAAUUUAAGCCCUUUGUAAUAGAUAAAUUACCCAACCCAUGGUGCUUCAAACAUAUUAAAUGCAACAGGCUUGGUGUCACAUAUAAGUCAAGUAUAGAUAAUGCCAAGUGUUAUUCCUCUAGCAAUUUAAACCUUUACAACACUACCAUCCACUACCUUCCACCAAACACAACAUCUUGCAUACAACCACUUGAUGCCGGUAUUAUUAUGUCUUUUAAAUGUCGCUACAAAAAUUAUUUUAUAAAAUGGAUGCUUGAUCAGUAUGAAUCUGAAAAUAAUAACAAAUUAAAUGUUCUUAAUGCUAUAAAAUUUAUUGUUCAAGCAUGGAAUGAAGUGUCAUCAGAAACAGUAUGGAUCCUUCUAGUUGUUCAAAAUAAUGAAGAGCCUACUAAUGAUAAUGAUGAUAAGUUAAUGGAAGAGAUGAAAGUGGAUAUUGAAGCACUUAAUUUUCGAAAUGCGAUGGAUCUUGAAGUCUAUAUUAAUUACCCAGAGGAGGAAAACACAAAUAAAACCUUGAAUAAACAGAAAAUUUUAACUUUGGUCACUAAUAUAGAAACCGAGAAUGAUUCAAAUGAUGACAAUAGUAAAGACGAAGAUGACAGUAGAAAAAUCUCUCUCAUUACCUACCACGAGGUGCUAAAUGCCAUAAAGAUGCUAGAACAUUACUUUAUGCAACAGGAUCUAAGUGAUAAAGACCGGUUGUACCAUAAUCAAGCUUUAUUAAAGUUACAAAAGGCAAUUAGAAAAAGUCGAAGUGCGUCUUUUAAACAA